GGGAGCCUCAGACAGAGAGAUGAGAGAAGCACUCAAAAACAUGGUAGGAGCACAGAACAUCACUCACAAACAAACUGUUCAUGAGGCACUUGUGACAACUGCUGAUGUUAAAAGCGCUUUAUAAAUACAUUUGAUUGAGUGAUGAGGCACAAGUUGAAAUUACAAAUCCUUUUGUUAUGUGGAAAGCCUUAGCCUAUGUCAGUGUUACAAACAACGUAGGCCUAUGCAUCCAAUUUGACUGUUGACAGUAAUAUCAAACUUGAAUCAUAUCUGUGUAGACCCUAAUGUUGCCCUUUGUUUCAACCAGUUAUAAGGUACAGUUUGGAGUGAACAGGGAUUGACAUUAAGGUCUGAAAGGCACUUGUCCAUCGGACAAGUCAGCACUAUUUUGUUGGUCAGUUUUCGUCUCUUUCCCAAAAAUGUGAAGAUAGUUAUUUACACACAAAAUUGUCAGAACCUGUUGGUCACUUAAUUAAAAAGCAGGGAGGAAGCAGAAACAAAUCUGUUUUACUUGCCUGCAGUGCUACAUCGAAUGUGUAACAUUUGCAUGAGAUGCUCCUAAGUUCUACAUGUAUUUUGAAGAUGUCGAAAGGUUCUGCUCGCCCAGACCAAAUGUUAUGCUUCCAGUGUAGCAGACUUUUAAAGUUACUUUUAUGCCGUCCAAAACAAGUGUAUUGGUGUCAAUUACAAGCUUUGUGGUCGCCUGUUAUUCCACUACACAUGAGUUGAAAACUUGUGCAUUGUCACAGGAAAAGUUUGGCUCGUAAAUCAGGCCAUAUUAACACUUGUUAUUAUAAUUAACACUUCAAAUGUCAAAUGUAAUUUUUACACAUGAUCUUCUCACAUUCUCCAGUGAGCAUUUACAGGUGAAUAGAUCGCCUGUCUUCUGUACAUGAAAAUAAAUGUCCUUUCCUUUCCUAGCUCUCUUUCCUCCUUUCCUUUCCUCAUUUUCUUUCCUAACUCCUUUUCUUAUUUCCUUUCUUCUUAUCCUUUCCUGAGCUUCCUUUCCCCCUUUACUAGCUCCCUUUUAGGGAUGGGCAAGAGUAAUCGAGUACUUGAGUACUCGAACGGAUGUCAAAGCUCAAUCUUUAACCUGAUAUCUUCUUUUUUUUUCAAAUACUGUUAAACUAUUUGGUGGAAUGUGCUUUGUCGCUGCCGGAACAGGCAAGUGAAAUUUUGUCUUGAAGACAACGUUAAUUUGCUUUGACUCUAGGGUUCCAUUUAUACAUGCACAUUUGCGGACACAACAAAAAAGAAGCCAAGCAUCACACCUUUCUUCUCCCGAAAUUCCCUUUCCCCUCCAUGUCUCAUUCACUCAAUUGCGUUCUGACUGCGCCCUCCACACACACAUGCUGAGUGCGCACACAAGCUCCCGUUAGGCCUACAUAAAUGCCUAUAAAAAUGUGUCAAACUGAUGGGAUACACAAGCUACAUUCCUUGCCAAAUGACGACAGUGUUAUCACAAAUAUAAAAUUGACUAGUUGAUUGAAGUAGGAAAAUAUGAGUUCCAACAACAAGCUGCAGUUUUGGAAUAAUUGCGUCCCGUCUAUUUUCCGCAUAAGCUCCUUUGCGAACUUCUAGUGCAUUUUAGAGUGGGUUAGAAUGGGUUAGCCACACUGAAAAUAUGCAAAAACAUUAGCUUGAUAAAGACAAAGAGUGUAUUUUCAUCAGAAUCAUUAAGCCUACUCACCAAACGAUGCAGUGUUCAAUGUGGAAUUCAAAUCUCAUUUUAUUGGUCGCAUACACAUAUUUAUUAGAUAUUAUUGCGAGUGUAGCGAAGUGCUUGUGUUCCUAGCUCCAACAGUGCAGUAAUAUCUAACAAUACCCAACAAUACACAUUAAUCUAAAAGUAAAAUAAUGGAAUUAAGAAAUAUAUAAAUAUUAGGACGAGCAAUGUCGGAGUCCUGAGUAUAAAUAUAUAUAUAUAUAUAUAUAUAUAUAUAUAUAUAUAUAUAUAUAUAUAUAUAUGGGAUGGGAUGGGAUGUAUAUCUUAAGAAUAUGUAGGACAGAAUAGUAUAUGUACAGCAAUAGUUGAAUAGGAUGGACUUGACUAUAAUACAGUAUAUACAUUAAAAUGGGUAAAACCUUAUGUAAACAUGAUUAAAGUGACCAGUGUUCCAUUAUUAAAGUGACCAGUGUUCCAUGUCUGUGUACAUAGGGCAGCAGCCACUAAGGCAUAGGGUUACGUAACCAGGUGGUAGCCAGCUAGAACAGUGACUAAAGUUCAGGGCAGGGUACUGGGUGGAGGCUGGCUAGUGAUGUCUAUUUAACAGUCUGAUGGCCUUGAGAUACAAGCUGUUUUUCAGUCUCUCUCACAUUAUUAGCCCCAAUUGUUCUUCCAUUUAGAAAAUUCCAAAAGCUGGCUAGUGAUGUAUAUUUAACAGUCUGAUGGCCUUGAGAUACAAGCUGUUUUUCAGUCUCUCUCACAUUAUUAGCCCCAAUUGUUCUUCCAUUUAGAAAAUUCCAAAUAACAGGCAGAAUAAACAAAAUCGAACGUCUGUAAAUCGAAAAGAAGAAAGAUUUUGGUUUGUAACCCUGAACAAAUUGUCUUUCAACUCACCAAAUUGAGCCCCGUUUCAAAUUAUCACUCUUUCAGAAGAACUGUUCCAGGCACGAGAUGUGCAUCACUUCGCACUGGCAACUUUUUUCAUUUGGAAAAAUAUUAGGUUCUAUUUUAUUCUGUUAUAUUUCAUCAUGUUUUUUUAAAACUAAAAAUUAGGUGUGUCUUGACUGUGACAAGGGCUCGGGUAAUAUGAGUGUCUUGUCUUCUAAAUUCACAAAGCAAGGCUAUGCUAUUGCACAGCCAUAGGCUUCUACAAGCAAGUGCCACUGCUGAGGUUACUGCCUUUUUGAAGAUUGUGUUCCAUGAUAUAAUAUUGAUAUUACGGUUUCAAUAAAUUAAUCUUAAAUGGCACUUACUUUUUUAUUGACUGAAUAUACUGUACACUACCAGUCAAAAGUUUGGACACACCUACUCAUUCAAGGGUUUUUCUUUAUUUUUUAAAAAUUUUACAUUAUAGAAUAAUAGUGAAGACAUCAAAACUAUGAAAUGACAUAUAUGGAAUCAUGUAGUAACCAAAAAAGUGUUAAACAAAUCAAAAUAUAUUUUAUAUUUGAGAUUCUUCAAAAUAGCCACCCUUUGCCUUAAUGACAGCUUUGCACACUCUUUCCUAGAUCCCUUUCCUAGGAAGGAAAGAAAGAGAGCUAGGAAAGGACAGGAAACAGGGGAAUAUUUGUUUGAAAAGCUGUUUGACGUACAGAAGACAGGUGGUCUAUUCACCUGUAAAUGCACACGUGAAAAGAUCACGUGUAAAAAUGACAUUUGACACUUGAAAAAAAGCAAUUGAAAAAUUAUCAUAACAACCAUUAACAUCACCUGUAAAUGCACAUUGGAUAUUCACAAGUAAAAAUUAUAGUGGACAUUUGAAAAAAGCUAGUGAAAAAUUAUAAUAACAAGCAUUAAUAUGGCCUGAUUUACAAGCCAGGCGUUUCCUGUGACACUACACACGUUUUCAACACAUGUGUAGUGUAAUACCAGGCGACCACACCGCUUCUAAUUGAUACCAAUCUACCUGCUGAUACCAAUCCACCUGCUGAUACCAAUCCACCUGCUGAUACCAAUCCACCUGCUGAUACCAAUCCAAUGUGUUUUCGGGGUGAGACGAUUUCAACCUUUUGGUUUUCCAUACCCAGUGUAGCCCCAAUGUUAGGCUACUGGAAUUCAGUUGUGAAAAAGCACCUGCCUAAUUGGGAAACCACAGAACAGACUCAUCUUGCCCGCCUGCCACAAAUGCCAUAAAUUGUCCGUCAUUCACUUAAACAAUGGGGAUUAACCAAAAAUAUAAAUUUUAGGCCUACUGGAAUUCUUUGCUGUUUUGUUGUUUUCAGUAAAAGAAAACUUCUCAGUUCACUUGCCCCAGGUAAUAUGGCAACCAUUAAGGUCAAUCCCUGGUGAAGACAUGACUUUGUAUUCUAGGUGCGGUACUGGAGGCUUUACCUGUUGACGUUGGUAUUGGGAAUUGGGGGAUCAUUUCAGUUGGGGAUGCAAGUUUCCAUCAUGGCUUCUCCAGCUGAGGUAAGAAAGAAUACUGAUGGCCAGCUGUAAGCUCUGAAGUGUUCAAUAUUAGCUGUGAGUGGCUAAGGGAUCAAAGUUAAUAUACCAAAUGCAUAAUAUGAGUACUAACAUUUGAAUCACAUCUGGCCAUACCAUUGCCAUCAUGAGUAAGCAUAUUUUUAUUUGAGCCAAAUCUCAGUGUAGUAAACCAGUCUCUCUCCUCUCUGUGUGUCUGUAGCACAUCCAGAGCUUUGUGAACCAGACCUGGCUGGGGAGGUAUAAGGUUCCAGUAGACGAUUCAACCAACAUGCUCAUCUGGUCUUUCAUAGUGUCUGUGUUCAGCCUGGGAGGAUGGGUCGGGGCUAUACACAGCGGCAGCCUCCCUGUCACCCACGGCAGGUCAGACACUGUACACAAUACACACACCAGUGUACCCCAGGAAGAGUAGCUAGCUGUUGUUUUUGUACCAGCUAAUGAGGAUACACACACACACAUUACAUACACUGUAUAGAAGGUGUAAUGAACUCCUGAUGUCUCUUCUGUCUGGUUUUGCAGGAAGAAAGCCCUGCUGUUCAACAACAUAGUGGCCCUUGUAGCCGCUGUGCUGAUGGUCUUCAGUCCCAUGGCCAAGUCCUUUGAGAUGAUCCUGCUGGGCAGAUUUCUCUAUGGAUAUAGUGCUGGUAUGUAUCUGUUUUGUCUCCUGUGUGUGUACUUUAUUGUGAGAAUGUUGGGGCAGCCUGUGGUACUAGUGUUUGUAACAUCUCUUCUGCCCUUCUAUCUGGCCUCUCUCUCUCUCUCUCUCUCUCUCUCUCUCUCUCUCUCUCUCUCUCUCUCUCUCUCUCUCUCUCUCUCUCUCUCUCUCUCACUCUCAUUGUCUCUCUCAUUGUCUCUCUCAUUGUCUCUCUCUCUCUCGCUCUCUCUCUCUCUCUCUCUCUCUCUCUCUCUCUCUCUCUCUCUCUCUCUCUCUCUCUCACUCUCAUUGUCUCUCUCACUCUCAUUGUCUCUCUCGCUCUUUCUCUCUCUCAGGCCUGGGGUGGAACGUGCACCUGAUGUACCUGGGCGAGAGUUCACCCAAGAAGCUGAGAGGAUUCCUGACCAUCACCAUCACCAUCUUCUGUAGCCUGGGGAAGGUCAUGGGUCAGAUUGUUGGAAUCAAGUCAGUACCAUCAAUGUUAUAGUUGACUGUCCUGAGUCUUCUCCACUUUAGAUUGAAUCUACUCUUAUGUGUCCCUGUCUCUGGGCAUUGGCAUGUAUUCAUGGAUGCCAGGGGAAGCCAGGCUUCCCCAAAAAAUUAACCCCCCCCAAAAAAACAAUAACAUAUACAAUAAUAUAUCGUUCCUCUCUCUGUGUUUCAUAAUUUUCCAUCAAUUCGCAAGAGGCUGAAUGUAUCUCACCGGAGAAAGCAUUCAAGCGAGCGUAACAACGCCCCUCUGUCUCUGUAUGUGUAGACCAUCUAUCUGAUGCUGUCUGGUCAAAAAGAUUAUGAUAUUGUUACCGCCUGUAGCAUUGAAUGCAAGGGAAGCCAGCGAGCAUUUGGCCUCCCUUGAUUAAAGAAAUUAUACAAUAAUAGCCAAUCAGCAUUGAGCUAAACUGUGAUUGGUCCUGGCGGACCAAAGAAAAGUGUGAAGGGAAGCUAGUUUGGAUUUGGCUUUACACCAAUCACAUCACAUCAAGUCAAACGUCAUUGACAGAAAAAUAAAACUUGAAUUGUUGCAUCUCGUUGUAUUGUUGUCCUCCGGUGGCUAGCUAGCCAGCUAAGCGUUGCCCAUGAACAGAAGUUAGGCUAGCGAGCAAGCAUUUUAGCCAGGUAGCCUAGGACAACAAGAACUAAAAGAGUAUACUGUAUGACAGUUUCGUCAACAUGAAAGAGAGGAGGAUGGCAUUGGCGUUUCUCUACAAGUAGGGUGAGUCAACAUGUUUUUUCUACUUACGCACACACACACACACAUACACACACACACAUACACACACACACACACACACACACACACACACACACAGAAAUCAGUACCAUGGACUGAUAUGAUAUUUAGCUUACGUUGAUUGGACUAAAUUGUUUUUGGAAUCUUUUAGUUGUCACUGUAUUAGACUAAGCAUAGGUGAUUUGAUGAUGUUGAAAUGUUGAAGUUGAAAUGCAGCUCCUGUUUUCUUUGUGACUUGCAGUAACUCUCAGUGGUUCUAAAUCAAUAGUUGUUUAGUAGUCCGAAAAUGUCAGAAACAUUAACUUGCUUGACAAUGCUGUAGGUCAUGUAACUGUUUGUUACAUGCAAUAUACUUUGUGGACAUCACCGGACAGAGGUUGCUCUCCAGUUUUGUGAUGAAACAAAGGUGUGGUUGAAUUUAUUCUGCCACUGUGUCUUCUUAUUGUCUCGGCCUUAGGCCUAUACUAUAUAUCACAGUGGCAAGGCAUAUGAACUAACAGGCUAUAGAGCAAACAACGCAAUUAUCACAACACAUAGGUUGUAAUAUGGCUUUUUUUUCCUGGCUUGGCUUCCCCAGGGAUUUUACCCACGCACCAUUGCUGGUCCUGGCCGAACUGAAAUACAAGAUUCUGAAGAGCUCAUCUGACUAAUUACUCAAAAUGUCAUCAUUUUGUAGCACGAUGUGCAACUGACAAAGCUCUCAAUGACAAAUAAUGUUUUGACAAAACAAUUGUGUGAAACACUAAGAAUAUAUUUCCAAUUUAGUUGCAGAGCUUUGGUAAGCUUGAAAGUUCAUGUAUCAAAAGAUGUAAGUACCGGAAUCAAACUAUGGGAGGAACACUCAGUAUGUUGGAAUGGGUCAAGUCUCCCACACACACACACACACACACACAAACACACACACUCUCUUUCACUCUCACUCUCUCUGUCUCACUCUGUCUCACUCUGUCUCUCUCGCUCUCUGUCUAACUGUCUCUCUCUCUCUCUCUGCAGGGAGCUGAUGGGUACCGAUGACAUGUGGCCCUGGCUCAUGGCCCUUAGUGGCCUCCCUGCCAUCAUCCAGUUUGUGACCUUGCUCUUCUUCCCUGAGGCUCCCCGCUACCUGUACAUCGACAAGGGAGACACUGAGGGCUGCAAAAAAGGUAUGCGCUCAGUCCAGGCAAGGUCUAUAACAUUACAUUACAGUCAAACACAUCACAGGGAGGGGGAGGGCUUGUCAUGUUCUUGCUAUAUUUAUCAUUGAAUUAUUAGAUUUGAGAUAAUCAAAUGUUUUAGGGCAAUCAGAGAAAGUACGUUUUCUAUUGCUUUGAUUGAUCAACAAAUUAUGAAUCUUCACGUGUGUGUGUGUGUGUGUGUGUGUGUGUGUGUGUGUGUGUGUGUGUGUGUGUGUGUGUGUGUGUGUGUGUGUAAAAGCCCUGCAGUGGCUGUGGCAGGAGGAUGACCUGCAGAUGGAGAUGGAUGAAAUGGGGAAGGAGAGAGCGAGCAUGCAGGGCCAGAAGGUUAAGACCAUUUGGGACGUGCUGACUUCUCGCUGUGUCAGGUGGCAGCUGCUGGUUCUGGUCAUCCCCUGUGCCGGCGUUCAGUUCUGUGGGUUUAACGCGGUGUGGCCAAUACCCUUUUCAAACUAUUGUGCAGACCCAAACCAUUCUGUGCUGGCUCAGAUAUUUUCUUUUCACAUUGUCCUCUCCAAUACAGUUCCAGCAACUAGGUGGAUGUGUAACCCGGCCAGCGCAGGACAAUUCAGCUCGGCCCAAUAGGGCAAAAUAUUGAUCUACGUUCAUGGCAAUUCUAAAUUUAAUGUAAAUGCAUUGUAAUUGACUGAUAAUGUCAUUCUGUAUUCUUAAUCGAACUUAAGAACUGUUCCAAUUUUCCAGCUGAGCCCCCCUCUUGCUCUAUCUUUUCUUGUCAUUCUCCUUUCAUCUUAUCUUCUCCACAAUUACCCAAAAUGUGUUCUAUAGAUUUAUUUCUACGCUUUCGACAUCUUCCGUGAAGCUGGAGUAGCAGAGGACAAGAUGCAUUACCUUUCCAUUGGCAUCGGAGCAACAGAUCUCAUCACCAUAACUCUCUGUGUAAGUACCAUAACAUAGGUCAUAGUAGAGAAUAACAUCACUGACUGUAACUGAGACGAGUCCUUGACUAAAAAACGCUUCAAAUUGAGAAUCUUGUUUGAACUUGCUUUUUAGUCCAGGUCUUGGCUUAAUCUGUGUCCUGGAAAACGGACCUAUUUGUAUAAUUACUUAUUUUCCAUUAACCCUUUCCCUUGACAAAGCCUUGUUGUCCCACAAUCAGUCUGUGUUAUGUCCAUAGAUAUACUCACACAUUUAUAUUGUUUUGUUUAUGUAAUUUAUAUUGUUUCGUUUCUAUAAUGUGUUUACAAUACAUUACUGGUUGUGUUGUGUCCCAGUCUCUGUUUAUAGACCGUGUGGGCAGGAAGAUACUGAUGGGCUAUGGCUACCUGUUGAUGGGAGUCAUCAUGUCCAUCCUGAUUGUUAUGCUGUCUAUCAAGGUAAAUAACAUGUCAAACCCUCAGGGCUUUUCUGGGCUUUUCUUUCAUAUUAUAAUAAUAUAUGCCACCUAGCUGACAUUUACUCACCUAGCUUACACUCCAAAGCAACUUAUACAUAUACAUGAUGUGAUUCCUGCUUUGAUGUUGCUGGUGCCAUGCCAUAGAAGAAAGGCCAAGCAUGAGAUCCAAUGCAGUUCUUUGUCUCUCAACAGGACCUGUACUCAUGGGUCCCGUAUGUUAACAUCGCCCUCAUCUUCUCUGUCAUCUGCGUUUAUGGACUAGGACCUUGUGAGUUCUCAAAAAAUGACAGUCCCCUCAUGAGUCAUAUUUCACAAGUCUACAGCUGUGGUCUGAGUGGUUUGUGGUUGUGGCUAGCUAAGUGGGCUAACCCCAGACAGAGCUAUUUGUCAUGGUACUAAAUUCUCUUCCUAGCUGGAAUAGCCAGCACCCUCCCUGCAGAUAUCUUCCUGCAGGCCUGGAGACCGUCCGCUUAUGUCAUUAGCGGCUCCAUCAACUGGUUCAGCCUGUUCUUGAUUGGGAUGUUCUUCCCCUUCAUAGUGGUGAGAUACUUACUGGUCUAAGUCUUCAUACACACACUUGUUGAUUGGCACAUACCCUUUUUGCACAAUGGAAACAAGCCGAGCCAAGUCUAACUGUACUGGGCUGGCCUGGUUACGCAUCCAUCGUAAUUGCUCGGACCGUGCUGGAAAGGACAGUGUAAAAAGAAAAUAUUCAAAUGAGCAUAGUAUAGUUCAGGUCACUCUCUAUAGUGUGAAUCAAGCAUUAGAACUACUGGAUAUACUGUAGCAAGCAAUACGCCUGCUUUUUACUGAAAAUAUAAUAAAUAAGAUAAAUGCUCAUGAAUUGUGGUAGAUGGUUUCUGAAAGUCUUUAUUUUUUCUGUGAUAUGCAGGCUAAUAGGCUACAUGUCCCUUGACAGAUGGUCAGUGAGUUACUGUAGAUCAGUGUUUUUUAAUCCUGGUCCUGGGGACCCAAAGGGGUGCACAUUUUUGGUUUUGCCCUAGCACCACACCCCUGAUUCCACUUGUCAACUCAUCAUCAAACCUUUGAUUAGUGGAAUCAAGUGUGUUGUGCUAGGGCUCCUCAGCGGCUCCAUCAAGAAACACUGCUGUAGAUCUAUGGAUCUGUUUAACAUUGGUAUUUGUGUGCACCAUGUAGGAUGGACUGGGCCAGUUCUGCUUCCUGAUCUUUGUAGCGUACUGCAUCUUCAGCGCAGCGUUCAUGCUCUACUUCAUCCCAGAGACCAAAGGCAAGAGCAUGUUGGAGAUCAUGGAGGACUUUAACAAACUCAACUACAAGAACAAGGGGACAGACACCGAAAAGGCUGACUUUGUUAUGGCAACGAAAUUUUAA